AUGACGGAUAAUGCCCAGGGGUGGGAUAUUAUAUUCACUUCCCACUACACUUGGGUAGUGUUUGGUAUGUGGGAUGAGAGGUGGAAUGGAAUGAACUAUUGCGAUAGAAUGAAAAAAAAAAUCAUAAACACCGCGCAUCACCUUCACUAUCUACCACCACCACCUGCCGUCGUCACCACCUGCCACCAACCUCCGCCGACCACCACCACCGUACUCCGCUGCCAGCGCCGCCCGCCGCCACCGCCGCCCGCUGCCACCCGCCAUCGCAAACCAUCGCCAACCACCACCACCAUCCUCCGCUGCCACAACCCGCUACCGUCGCCACCACCAUCGACCACCAUCGCCGCCACCGCCACCACCGACCACCGCCACCCCGACCACUACCGCCACCCUCUGCCGGCCACCACCACUAUCCUCCGUGGCCACCUCCCGCUACCGUCGACCACCACCACCCACCGUCGUUGUCGCCACCACCAUCAAUCACCAUCGACGCCACCCGCAACCACCAACAACUGCCACCCCGGCCACUACCGCCACCCUCCGCCGACCACCACCACCAUCUUCCGCGGCCACCACCCGCUACCAUCAACCACCACCACCCACCGUCGUCGCCACCAGCCACCGCAGACCACUACCAACCCCGACCAUCGCCGCCGCCACCGUUAA